AUGUCCUCUCUCGCCGCCCAGCUCCAAAACAUCGCGUCUCUCGACGCUGCUCGUCUCACAUCCAAAUACGGUCAACCAUCUUCGAAAUCUUACCUCUUCCCUCCUAAAGUAGCCUCCACCCAUGACCUCGAUUCCAUCUUCGCCCUUGCUCAGUCGGGCUUCGAGGAGCUCUUGUCACUUGAUCCAGAUAUGGAGGAAUUUGAGGAAGAGCUGUUUUCGGAAAAGUCAAAGAGGACAGAUAGGAUGAUGUUGAGUCAAGAGGAGAACGAUGUGCUUGAUAUACUCCUUGGAAGAUGUUUGAGGAGGUUGGGUAAAUGGAUAGGUAUAAUGGCUGGCGGAAAAUGUAUAGAAUGGCUUGUAAGGAGAUUCAGGGUACAUGAAAUGAACGCAGAAAUCCUACUUCAAGUGUUUCUACCAUAUCACGAAUCACCAAACUUCCCUCGUAUACUCGCCAUUCUCACUAUUCCUCAAGAUUCGGUAUAUUUUGCCCCAUUCUUCCCACUCAUCAAGGGGGCUCAGCCUGUACCUCGAUCGUAUAUCACCAAUGUUAUCUCACCGGCACGAGACAAGUCUCUACGACUGCUCACUGAUGUAGCGGGAAUGGUUCAGCAAGCUAUCAAGGAGAAGAUAGUGCAUCGAGCACUUCUGACUUUCUGGACAGCUACCAUGGUCGAUCCCCUCGAUGGUGGAAAGAAUGGUAGAGGUGUACAAGAGGGCUUAGUCAAGGUCAUGGUCGAAGCAUUCGUCACUAUCCUUUCCACACCUUUCGCCGGUGAGGAUGUCAAUGCGGCUGUAUACCCGCCAUUGGUCCUACUCACUCGCUCCAUCACUCUUACCGAUGAAGCUUUCCAUGCCAUUGUAUCUUCCAUCCUUACACCUAACAGCGGGGCCAAUGCCUCUCAGCGUAUUCUUACCCUCCUCGUAAUCCUCAACGAUAGACCCGGUUACUCCUGCGGAUUGGGUGAUAAUGCUUCUCAAAGCCUCUCAAAAGUUAAACAACUGGAUCAAAUCUUAGUCGCUGCCUUGGAUAAAUACAAGUUCGAGACCGCUAUGAACACUGUCGCCAGUGUCAUCUUGGAAGAACCAGAGAUUCAUUUCAAGACCAUUCGAUCAAUCUUGGAAUAUCGUGAACUACCCAAAUCUAUCGCUCAACUCGCUGCUUCAACUCUUCUGCGACUUGGUUCAACUGAAAACUCGUCCGAAGACACUAAAGAUCUUUGUAAAUCGUUAUUAGUCAACUUGCGAGAACGACAUCCCACCAUCGUGGACUCAGUAUACGUUGAGGCUUCAGCAACCGCUCAGAUCGAUCAUCAGCUCGUCCAGAAGCCAGCAGACGAAUCAGCUUUCCUCAAUAUAUACGCUGCCGAUGUCUUCAGUAGAGUACAAGGAAUCAAGGAAGUUAUGGAACUGCACCAAUCUGGGUCUAAAGAUGAAUCAGCUGUUGCUGCAUUGGUAGCUCGAUUGGGCGAUACCGACGAAUCUGUAAUUCAAGCUUUGUAUCGAGAUCCCGAACAACUCCUGGAAAUCACGUUUGUCGAGAAGUACAUCGCUGGUGUCAGACCUACUUUCUGGAGUGCAAUUCCUAAACCGUCUAUCAUCGGAUAUCAUCUUGAUUACAUUUCGAAUACACUUCUUACCGACAAAGUUUUGAAGAAGUACCCAAAUGCAGGAAGACAAAUUUUUCAGGAAUUGCUCUUCCCCUGUCUAUUGGCUAUAGAGAAGAAUCCAUCGCUCACGAAGACUGAACUGCUCAAGGUCUUCGGCGGUGACUUCAAGUCGAUUGACAUGCUCAGUAAGAUUGGCCCAGAGAUCUUGAAAGCUAGGUCAGGAAACGAUCAACGUGGUUUGACGAAGUCUAACCAGCUUAUUGCAGCUGUUUUAGCUAGCGUUACCACUACUUCCGCCCACUUUGACCAGGAUAUUACGUAUCUCAUUGGCCAACUUGAUUCCACCCAUGCCCCUGCUAGACUUCUCGCUCAUCUGGUUCUCGCACAACUCAUCACAACUUUGAAAGGCGACAAGCAAUGCUCAACCGCCUUGCGAGCAUUGCAGCACACCAAAACUAGGCAGAAUGUUUCGUUCAGAGAAAUUGAUAACUCUGAGGACGUUUUCUCCACCGCAUAUCUAGAUUCUGUUUAUAAGAAGACACAAGAUGCACGAACGACCCAAAGAGCCGUUCUUUCUCUGCUGGCUGCUAUGGGCAAGGUCCACAGACCUGCAAUUGGAAUCACUUGGCUUCAAGGGGAUCAUCACACUUAUGGGAAUGCUGCGUCAUACGAACUCUUCGCUCAAGAAGUGUAUCAAUGGACAAACACCGGUUUGUUGCCAACUCCUUUGGCGCAAAACCUCUUACGAGCUCUCCUAGCUCAACUAGGUGAAGACGCAUUGCUAUUCUUCGCAUCAAUCUGGACUGGCCCAUCUUUCACAGCCUUGAGAACAGCCUCACUUCGACAUGCCCUCGCCUUCGUUUCUGCCUAUUCCGGUAUAAGAAGUCAGCAAGGUAUCGAUUUCCAAAUUAUGGUACCUAUCGUCCUGAUCGCUCUGCAAGACUCGGAGAAACCUAUCCGAUCAGCAGCUGUCGACCUGCUGAAGGCCAUGGCUGAUAACGCUCAGUCUGGUGAGAAUAUCUAUGCUUUAGAUACCGUUUAUGGCGAUAGAUCUGACUCGGUACAAUUGCUCAAACCUUCUGAUCGAAAGAGGUACCUCGACGUACUGAUUGAAGCAGGAGAUGAUCUGGUGGUCGAUAGUAAUCGAUUGCAGACAAUACAUACUGCUGCUUUGGUCAUCGUUCCGGGCAAAAACAAGAAGGAUACCGCUCACCGUCGAGCUGUUCUUGGAUGCUUGAUCUCUCAUAUUAUCUCCUACCGAUCUAUCCGGGAAAGGCUAGUUCUCCUCAAACUCGUUUCCAACAUAUACGAUCAUACCAUACUCCGGGGACUAUUGCCUCUCAUAACCGCGUUAAAGGAUGAGAAAGACGAAGAAAGCGUUUGGCUUAGCGGUCUUGCCAGAGAUACUAGGAAGGAAUAUCUUGCUCUGCUCUUCUCAACAUUCAGAAAGGAGAGUGUCAACGUUCUUGCGGAUGAGCAAUCUGGCGCUUGGCAGUUCCUAUUAUCUAUUCUUCAUAUGAACGCAGCCUCUCACUUACAACAUCAACUGCGAGAAUUAUCACUCCAACGUAUGAUCGACGGAGUCUUCGCUGCUAUUCCACCUAAUCAGAAGACUGAAUACACCCUAGCUCUUAUCCAAUCAUUACACGCAUUAUCAAGCGAAGAAUCACUUGCUACUUCGAAAUUACUCGAACGAUUUGACCUGGAUACUUCCAGCAUCGUGGAAAUCAUCGAACAUCUUUCACAGCCAUUGGAAACGACCGUGCACAGAAAGAAACAACGACACGAUGAAAUUGAGGAUGAUAAACCUACUACUGCCGUAUUGGAUCUUACGGUUCUUAUCGAAUCGAGAGAUUGGAAGGCUCUACCUGGAGAUGCUUCUUUAGUAGCUUCACUCAUGUCGAUCUUGUCUUCUCUACUUGCCAAGAGACAAGUGAUUAGUCAAGGUGUAGAUUACUUGGAACAAGAAGUCCUGGCCGCUAUAUUGGCGUUGGUUGAGAAGAUUGAUGAUGCCCAGGAAAUUGGCAGGGCUCAUGUUGGUAUUGAAGUGAUCAUUAAGGUCAUCAGAGCCUCGACAAACCCUCGAACUUCACAAAGAGCAUUGUUGGUCGCUUCUGAACUUGCUCGACUUAUUCCUGAAGCGGUAUUGCAUAACGUGAUGCCUAUCUUCACGUUCAUGGGUGCAAGUGAUUUCCAGCGAGACGAUGCGUACAGCUUUGGCGUUGUGGAGAAGACUGUAUCUAGGAUUGUCCCUGUCAUGACCAAAUCUCUCCAGGAGAAGGCUGAAAACACUCUUGAUCUGUAUAACGAGUCCUUGACUUUCUUGAGUAUCUUCACCGAUAUGGCUGGCCGAUUGCCUAAGCAUCGAACAUUACCUUUCUUCGUGCACUUGGUCAAAUCCCUCGGACCGGCCGAUUUCCUCGCCCCAAUCUGCAUGCUCCUUGUUGAUCGAGCCACCACCAAAGCGGGUAGAUCUGGUAAUCCUGUCUCGGUCGUUCUGGAGCUGCCCGCUGGCUUAGCUGGGGCUUUCGACAUCCAGGUCAGAACCGAGGUGCUCUCCGAGGUUGUCGCUGAUUUAGCCAGAUUGAUUGGUGAUUUGUCACGAAGCGAGAAAGAAGCGUUCCUCAGCAGGACUAUCGGCGAGAACGAUUCUUCCGAUCGACCUGUCAAACAAAUCAACCAUCUUCUCACCUUCACCCUUGCUCUCAUAGAGCAACUUCGUGGCAAGCCAUGCACUCAAGCUACAGUGCAAAUGGUCGUACAAAACCUUAUCCAGCUUGCAGCGAAGACCUCUCAACCCGUUUUGGCAUCGUCCGAUAUCCCUAAGAAUGUCCAAGCUGCUCUUGGAGGAGCUAUGCAAUUGCUUUCCGCAGAGAACUUUUUGAACAUUGUCUUGAGUCUUGUCACGGAAGGAACUGACCAGGACGGCAUCAUGGCCCUCAAUACUUUCUCUGACAGAGUACCGCUCAUCAGGUCCGAGAUUAGGGCCAAAUGCUCUAGGGUCAUUGGUGAUAUCAUCAAGAAAGCUUCGACACUGCUUGGCACCGUCUCAUCAAGCACCAAAGCUUAUCUUGCCGCUAUCAAGACUAUCGCUACUACCGCUUUAUCCUCCGAAGAUGGGGCUCUAUCAGCUGUCGUACCUACUCUCGUAGCUGCCAUCAGCAAGAUGGGAGAAACAAUCAACGUGAUUGGAGGACUUGAGCUUGUCGAAGUACUUGUUCGACAUCUCAAUUCCAGAAUUAUACCUUACAUACAAUCUAUCAUCACGCUAUCGCUCACGCUGAUCACUUCACCCAAAUCAAUCUCUACCAUAAUAAGAUCAUCUUUCUCGGUCUUAUCAUCUUUAUUGGAAGUUGUAUCGACAUUCAUAUCUUCCAAACAGCUCGCAACAAUCAUUCGAACUACCAUGGAACAUAAGUCAAAGGAUUCAUCACUCGCUUUGAAGACAUCAACUACGAUAUCCAAGAAGAUCAGGACCAAAGCUUUGUUCCCUGUCUUGAUGGAAUUAUGGAAGACCACUCAAAAUGACGACAAUGAGGAGACUAUCAAAGCGUUCUUCGAUUUGUUAAGAUUGACACUUAAGAAUGCCGCUCGAGAUGAGUUGCCAGGAAUGAUGAAGAAUGUAUUUGCAUUCUUCUUGGAUGUCUUCGAUCUGAGACAUAGAUUACAACUUCGACAGGUUGAUGCAAAUACCAUAAACGACAUUGAGGAAUCUGCGAUCGGAUCAUUCCUUGAAUUAAUCACCAAGCUCAACGAGGCUACGUUCAAACCUCUCUUCAUUAGGUUGUACGAUUGGGCUGUCAUUGACCUUGCUGACGGUAAAGCUAUCGAUGACGGUCGAUUGGUCGAGAGAAAGAUUGUCUUGUUACAUGUAAUGAUGGGUCUGUUAAUCAAAUUCAAGAACCUCUUAUCGCCAUAUAUCGCCACACUCUUACCUCACAUCCAGGAACUUCUCCCAGCCUACGCCGAAGGUUCGAUCAAAGAUGAACAACUUCACACAUUGUUGUUGGACGUCUUAGGCAAAUCUUUCGAAGUUGACGAGGGAUCGUACUGGACCGAUCAACUAUACCUUCAAAUCCUACCCAACUUGAUCAAGCAGAUACCACUCUUCCCUUCAUCUUUAUCAUCCGAAGAAGACUCAGCUAUAUCAAGAUGUCUAGCUGAAUUGGCAGGAUCAACCAAUUCCGAAAAUGUCCUACGUCGAUUGAACACCUCCAUAUGCCUGAUGACCCGUUCAGACGAUAUCAAGACUCGUAUUCAAGCUUUGAAAGUAUUAGAUAAAGUAUGGGAGAAACAGAUGGAUGAACUGAUAUCGUUCGUUCCAGAGACUGUAUCCGAGUUCUUGGCGGAAUUGUUGGAGGAUGAGUCGAAAGAUGUGGAAUUGCUUGCGAGAGGAGUGUUGGCUAGGAUAGAGAAGAUCACGGGCAGCUUGAAAGAGUAUUUGGAGUAG